GACGUCAGCGCGCCGCCGGGUGACGUAGUGACGGCGGCGGGCGGGGGGAGGAGGCCUCGGCGGCGGCGGGGCCGGAAAUGGUACAGUUGUUGCUGUGCAGCUGGAUGUUGGUGAAUAACGUUUCUAUGAGCUUGCUGUUCAAUCUGUCUGUUGUUCAGAAUGGCGAAGAACCCUAAUUUCCAGGAAGCUGGGAAUCUGCCUACAGGCUACGUUCACUGUAGGUCUUCAGACAGCUUCACUGGCUACCAGUAUCACCAUCCCUCCAAGAUGAGUAACAGCCACCCUCUUCGUCCCUACACAGCUGUGGGGGAGAUUGACCACGUUCACAUMCUGUCAGAGCAUAUUGGUGCUCUGAUGAACGGGGAAGAAUAUAGUGACGUUACCUUUAUUGUGGAAAAGAAGCGUUUUCCUGCACACAGAGUGAUUCUGGCUGCUAGGUGCCAUUAUUUCAGAGCAUUAUUGUAUGGAGGAAUGAGAGAAUCUCAGCCUGAAGCAGAAAUUCCUCUGCAGGACACCACUGCAGAAGCAUUUACCAUGCUAUUGAAAUAUAUUUACACUGGUCGUGCUACAUUACGAGAUGAGAAAGAGGAGGUUCUUCUAGACUUCCUAAGCCUAGCACAUAAAUACGGAUUCCCAGAACUGGAGGAUUCCACAUCUGAGUAUCUUUGCACAAUACUUAAUAUUCAGAAUGUCUGUAUGACUUUCGAUGUUGCCAGUCUUUAUUCUCUUUCCAAAUUAACUUUUAUGUGCUGUAUGUUUAUGGAUAGAAAUGCCCAGGAGGUGCUCUCCAGUGAAGGCUUCCUGUCACUUUCUAAGGCUGCUCUUCUAAGUAUUGUACUGAGAGACUCAUUUGCAGCUCCUGAAAAGGACAUUUUCCAAGCUUUGAUGAACUGGUGUAAGCAUAACCCCAAGGAAAACCAUGCUGAAAUCAUGCAAGCAGUUCGUUUACCACUAAUGAGUCUAACAGAACUACUGAAUGUUGUAAGACCUUCUGGAUUGUUGUCACCUGAUGCCAUCCUAGAUGCCAUUAAGAUUCGUUCUGAGAGUCGGGACAUGGACCUCAACUACAGGGGCAUGUUAAUACCAGGGGAGAAUAUUGCAACAAUGAAGUAUGGAGCACAAGUUGUAAAGGGRGAGCUGAAGUCUGCUCUAUUAGAUGGAGAUACUCAGAAUUAUGACCUGGAUCAUGGCUUCUCUCGACACCCGAUCAACGAUGACUGCCGCUCUGGCAUUGAAAUUAAACUAGGCCAGCCCUCAAUAAUCAACCACAUACGAAUUCUCCUGUGGGACAGAGAUAGUCGGUCUUAUUCCUACUACAUUGAAGUGUCCAUGGAUGAGUUGGACUGGAUUCGGGUUAUUGAUCACUCUAAAUACCUCUGUCGGUCCUGGCAGAACCUGUAUUUUCCUGCCCGUGUCUGCAGGUAUAUUCGAAUUGUUGGGACCCACAACACAGUGAACAAAGUUUUCCAUAUUGUGGCAUUUGAAUGCAUGUUCACAAACAAAUCCUUUACUCUUGAAAAAGGUCUGAUAGUUCCCACUGAAAAUGUUGCAACAAUUGCAGACUGUGCCAGUGUGAUUGAGGGUGUAAGUCGCAGUCGCAAUGCCUUAUUGAAUGGAGACACAAAAAACUACGAUUGGGAUUCUGGAUACACAUGCCACCAGCUUGGGAGCGGGGCUAUUGUAGUACAGCUGGCACAGCCCUACAUGAUUGGAUCAAUACGGUUGCUGCUKUGGGACUGUGAUGAUCGAAGCUACAGCUACUACAUUGAAGUUUCAACGAAUCAGCAGCAGUGGACCAUGGUGGUGGAUCGCACAAAAAUUUCCUGCAAAUCCUGGCAAACAAUCACUUUUGAUAAACAGCCUGCAUCUUUUAUCAGAAUAGUUGGAACUCGCAACACAGCUAAUGAGGUGUUUCACUGUGUGCAUUUUGAAUGCCCAGCACAAAACASUACCCACAAGGAUGAGAGUAGUAAGGAAGUAGCAACAACUGAGGUGGGGACUGGUGGACAGUAGCUUGUUUCUCAYCCUGUUGGAGCUGCAAGCACUGGUUCCCUGCAUUCCCCUCCUGGAUCCACCUCUCAUGUUCAUCAGCCAUAAAGGAGGUUGAAAGGGAGCUUUGGCGGCCCCACUGACAUUCUAUGAAAUUAUUCAGGACCUUCUUGUGCUGGCACCUUUUCUUUCUUUGUGAAUGAAGGGGACCAUGUCUGAAAGCUGGAAAUGCUGAAAUGGAAAAGGCUUUUUUCCCAAGGACAUGAAGAGACUGUUUCACUCUCCUUGAUUUGUUCAAAUCAGGCUGGUCUCCGAGGGGGAAGAAAAUAGGUCUUCAAUCUUCAUCAAGUACCCCAUUAACACCCUACCUCUCUAAUGUAACCAAGGCAAGGAAAAAAGAAGGAAAUAAAAGGCAGAGCUACAGUGGAAAUCUAAAAUUACUCAAGCAGAAUGGAAAGCAUAUGAAAUAAAUAUUUGUUCCCUGGAGGUUUUUAUUAGCAAAAAAAAAAUGUUUAUGGAACACAUCAGUCCAAAAUAUAUUUUAUUUUUAAAGUGAUUCUUCAUCCAUAUUCCUUUGUACCUAGUAAUCUGUUUUCUAAAUAAUUUUGAUUCUGUAUUCUACUUUGUCUCUUAUUUUUGGCUGUAGCAAAUGCUGUACAGUAGAUUAAGGAUGUAUCAGACACGUUUACCUGCUGAGAUGGAAAUUCUCUCAUUCAUCAGUGGGAUGACAAGAAAAGCAUUCAUGGUAUCAACAAACUAAUUACUGUAUCUAUAUUAAUCUUGACCUUAAUUGACUUUUCAAAGUACAAAAUUGUCAUUUCCUGCAUUCAAAAGGAAGUUCCUAAAUCAAACAUCUGUCUUGAAGAAAAUUGUAUUUUUUCACUCCUGAAGAUGAUUAUUUAAAUUUUGCCUGCAUUUCUAAGACAACUUGUAACAGAACAUCAAAAAUGUUUGGUUUAGAAAAGUGGAACUCCAUCUGGUCACUGGCAAGCAGUUGUUCAAAUACCAAAAGAAGAAUUUGCAGAUAACUUACAUUUUUCCUAGAAAAGUUGUUUUACGGUCUGGAGCUAAAAAUUCAAAGGCUGUGUAUGCAUUAACAUUUCUCAUGAUCUUCAUAAAAUGUGAUGCUUUUGCACCAUAUUGUAAAAGAACUGGUUCUUAUUUUACAGUUACAGAAUUUGUUAUCCAUCCAUGCCUCUCUGGAUUACUUUGCCUGCUACUUUGCUUGUUCUGUUUUCACACUGAUGAUGAUGCAGUCUCUUAUUCUCCUGACCUGCAUGACUCUUAGGAAGAACUCCAUGCUGGUCUUUCAGUACGGGAUAAAGAGAUUUUGUAUUAAGACAAAUGCUGAUAUUAUUGACAAAAUUGAUUAGGAUGGUUGUUCCUGCUCACAAAGUGUAUUAUAGUGAAAAUGUCAGCUAACCAGUUUUAUGAACUUAGAAUUUCCUGUGGUGAUAAAUAACCUUGUCAGAAGUAAACAAAGCUAGUGCAGGAUAAAUAUGGUUUUCCUUUGCAUAACCAUAGUUGUAAAAUGAGUUAUAUCAACAUAGCAAAUUGUAUGUUAWUUUAUCACACUACUUAAUUUGAAAUAAUUUCCCUGUUGGAUACUAGUUGUGCUAAACCCAAGAAGAAAUAUAAUCAGUGGUAGCAAUGAAUCAGAGUAUAUUUCAAAUAAGAAAAGCGUCCCUUUUCUUUCAAAUAAAAUUGAUUAGGCUUUAUCAAUAAUAUUACAGUAUUUUUCAUUGCAAAUUACAAUUUAGUUCUGACAUUUGCAUAUAGUUCCCUCCCUUUCCACUGCUGUCUCCUGACUUGUGAAUGUCUGGUGAAGAUGGAUGCCCACUGUGCUGUUUAAAGCCUGUAGUACAAGUGCCACAGCUGCCUUAGAUGGUCUGGAGUUCUGAGGCAGGGGACUGCUUGUGCCAGCCACCUCCCAGUCUGCAGGGCUGAUUACCUUAUGGCUCAACAGCCUUGGGASCGUGAAAGAAUUGAGACCAGCUACUGAGGACACAACUCUCUUGUUUUUGCAUAAAUCCAAAAUGUUGGAAUUUUUUUCCCUGUGAAAGGUAAAAGCAGAAAACUUUUUCAGUUGCAAUUCAUGCUGGAACUACUGAGAUGCCUGGAGCAUGUCUUGCCUUUGGUACRUAAGUCCUUCAGUGGCAGGGGUGGUAUUUCUUUGCAGUUCAUCAAACAAGUCUGCUUUUCUCAAACUGUGGAUAAGCUAAGGGCAUAUCUUCCUAGCUGUUAGUAUUUAGUAGCCACCAGCAUAGAGAAUGUUAAAAAAAAAACUAAAAAAAAAAAAAAUUGUGCCAUCUGUUCUGAGCCUAGGCUCUCAGAGAAAGAAUAGGAUUUUUCCAUUUCUAAUCUUUGAUGUGCAUAGUUAAUUCUUAUGAUACAAAUAAGUCUUGUGGACUGUAACCUACGGAACAUCUUUUUGAUCUUGUCCUGUAACUCAUUGUGGAACAGAAAUGUCUCUUUUCUCAUGACAUUCACUCUCUGCCAAGAAUCUGGCUGAACACAUCUGAGAUUCUCAAAGCAAAAACUCUAAGGUCCUACAGACCUUUCAGUUUCCCACCCCCAUAAAUAAAUAAAAAGACAAAACAACUUUGCAUUGUCCCUUCAUGCAGCUGAAUAGCAAUUUUUAGUAUUAGACUUUGUCACAAUGGCCUUUAUCAGAGUCUGUUUUAUUUAGAGUUGCUCUUAGAACCUAUCAUCAGGGUGAACACAAUGAGCCCCCAGGCUUUUAAGGCAUGCCCUGCUACAAGCCCUUCACACUUUCAACCUUUCCCUUUUUAAUUAAAGAAAUAAUGUUUACAGAGAACUAAACUCUGCUGGUCCUUCUAAUUUUGCCCACCAACAAACAGCACUAAUACCUAAUGUAAAAGAUGUCUCUUAAACAUUGUGUCAGCAACGGAUUAGUAGUGAUGAAGAUACAAGUCAGAACUGAUUGUGGUUUUGUGUGGAAGUUCUCACUCUAAUUGUUGUCUGUAUUUAUUGACUCCCAAUUUCGAAUGUACUUGCUGUAUAUUCCCCUGAAGGGUUUUUUUUUUCCUUUUCUCUUUUAUCUUUGCUUUUCCUUUUAGUGGAAAUAAGUUGUGCUGUUAGUAUCAGGGUUUAUCAGUGUGAUGAAAUGCUGUAAUUAUUCAGAAUUGUGUAAUCAGUCAUAUCCUAUUUACAGCAGGGUUAGAGCAGACCAGGUGUUUGUUGCUUUCYUAAUAAACUAUAAAAUAGACCUGUUGUUAGGAGUUCCUAAAGRAACUAACUAUACUGAUACUAAUAGCCAUUGAUUCUAUCUGAUAUUUUAGUAUCUUUAAAUUCCCCAGACCUACUUUUCUCAAUUUUAGUUCCAUAGGUUGAAUUUCAUACUUAGACUUAACUCAUGUGGAGCUCAGCAAAGGCCUAAAAACUUUUUAUUUAGUUAACUUCUCCCAAAUGAAAAUUCWUUAAGUUUUUUUAUUCACAGAAUGUAGGGGAAAAUAAUUGUCUGAGAAAAUUAUUUUUUUAAAUGAGUAAACAUUGUGCAGCUUACAAUUUUUCAAGAUGCUAUUCAAGCCAUUUCCAAUCAGCUCUAAAACAAGUUMAAAUGGCUGGUAAAUUGAAUUACAAUGAGAGAAGUUAAUCCAAGUCUAAUGUCAAAGAUAGUACAGGAGGCAUCACAAAUUUUGUUGGAGUAAGAAAUCUUCUUUGCAGUUUCCUUCCUUCAAAGCUCCAUUUCUUUCCUCUUUUCUCCAUGAAAAUCAGUUUUCCUUAUUUAUUAUGACAGUUCAUGUAAGAGCUCAGUACUUCCCAGCAUUGCUGAAAAAUUCAGUUUAAUGCAUCUUCAUCUUUACUAAUGACAAUAUUAGAGAGUUUUCAGUUCAGUACCUGACUUGAUGAACGUUGGUUUCCAUGAAAGAAAGCAAAAGAAGUCUGUAAUUGUUUCAGUCUAAUUAAACUUUCAGUACAAAAAUUAGAAGACAAAGUUAAUGCCAUUCUUGUCUGAUUGUUGUGUCAUAGUUCUGGUUAUAAAGUGACGCCCACUCAGAGACACUUAAUAGAAUUAGAACUUAGAUUUGAUUUCACAUGCUGUAGAUUGCAUUUCUCUCUGAAGAUAUUGAUUGGCUUAUAUUUUGACUUUUUGUCAGGUAACAAGUGAAUGCAAUGGUAAUUUUGUUGUUGUGGUUAGAGUAGUAAGCAAAUUAUUAGAGCCACUAAGAGUUAAUGUAUCUAAGAGUAAAUGUUUAGGCUUGUGUAUUAUUAUUUCAGUUGCCAGAGGACUAAAUCAUGCUUCAAAAAUAAUAGUAAAUCCCCGAGGAUGCUUGAGGCCAGGUUUCCAUCCCCACUUCUCAGUUAAUGGUUCUGUCUAGGUUUGAAUCAUUAGUUCUCUCUGAACUGAUUGUUGCUGUUGCCAGUUGUACUAGUUAGCUCAUGUAUAUAUAYGUAGAAGCUCUGCAAAGCUUUGUUCAGGAUACAGAAGUAAAGGUCCUGGGACAAGUUUUAGGAGUGCGUAAAUGUUCACACACACAUAUAUGUAUGUGCAUUAAAAUGAGGUAGUAGCAAAUUAUUUAGCUUGAAUCUAGAACAGGUUCUAAAGCUCCAAAAUUAAAAAAAAAAAUCUGUGCUGUCAGGUGUGARAUGCUGCUGUUGUAAUAUGGCAGGAUGCUGGUUGCUUUAAAAGUGCAAAUGUCAGAAAAGGUACAGGCGUGACMGUCCAAAGAUUUUGUCCAGUUUUUAAAUGUUGGCAAUUUGGCUGUGAUGAGGUGUAUACAAUGUAAAGCAAGUUAGAUGAUCGUCUCACAGAUGACUGCAGUCCAAAGAACACAGAUACUCCUCCUAGCUACCUUGUUUGCCAUGGCUUGCAGUGUUUACAAAGUGAACUUUCAUGUGAUUUUUGUUACCUGCUCAAAAAAAACCCCGCAGUCUUUUUUGCCCUUYCCCAGUUUUCAUUGCAAAGCUUUGGCUGAGCUAAUAUCAAAGUCCCACUCACAUUUCCUGGUAGAAUCUGUGUCUGAAUGCUUACGCAAAAACUUUCACAAUCACUCUGCAGCCUUCUUUUAGAUAAAGCCCAAAUUAAAAAUGGCAGAAUAAUAUGAGGAAACUACAGGUAUCCGUCAUAUGCUAAGGCACUGUGGUUGCCUGUGCAACCACACACCAGUUUUAUCAUACUGUGUUUAAUUACUCUGGUAUGUUCUAAUGGUGGAAGUGAAGAAUGAGCUCCAUACACCCAUGGCAUUGUGUAUUUUCACACAACCAGUCGUUAGAGAAGUAAUUCUUGUAAUGUUCCUUGGAGUCUAACACAAUAGUAUAGCUCAGUGUUUUGAGGAAAUUAUAAUUGAUUCCUUACAGGAAUGUAAUGGAAUUGAAAUUCUGAUUACUAAAAAUUUGAAUGAGUGGUGGCAUCACCGUGCACAGAUGUAAACAUGCCUCUCCAGUGCCUGCUACUACCUUAGGGCCUGGGCUAUCACAGAGGAAGAAAGCUGCACURUUGGUAAAAUGAACUUUUAUUUACUCUUUUAAUAUUUAUCGUCUUGGCACAUCUGUUUUCUUUGUGCAGCUGCUCAAUUAAAACAGGUUUCUCAUAAUUUUUAGAAUCGUCCUCUGACUUCUGAAAACUGGCAGAUAUACAUCAACAACUUCAGUCAAUUGUAUUAAGUAGUCUGAGGAAUUUGCAAAAUGAAUCCAUGUGGUCUUUUAUGCCAAAUUCCAUGUAUCAAAAAAAAUACCAGCUGAGUCCUCAAAAAUCAAGUGAGUUGUACGCUAUAUUACUGCUCAAAUGAGGGUUUGUGSCUAAACCAUGUCCAGUGUAGUUCAAGUGAAUAGUAGUUAUUAUAGCUUCUUUCUGUAGAGGAAUCAAGGAAUCAUCCAACGAUUGGGUUUGSAAGGCACCUCAAAGAUCAUGGAGUUCCCACCUCCYUGCCAUGACAGGGACACAUUUCACUAGACCAAGCUGCUAAGAGCCCCAUCCAGACUGGUCUUGAACACUUCCAGGGGUGGGCAUUCACAUCUUCUCCUGUUCCAGUGCCUCAUCACCCUCACAGUGAAGAAUUUCUUCCUAACAUCUCAUCUGAACAUACUCUCUGUCAGUUUGAAGCCAUUCCCCCUUAUCCUGUCACCACAUGUCCUUGUAAAAGGUCCCUGUCCAUCUUUCUUGUAGGCUCCCUUUAAGUACUGGAAAGCUGCAGUCGGGUCAUCCCAAAGCCUUUUCUUUUCCACUGUGAGGAAUCCCAGUUCUUUGUUAAUGUAACUUUUGGUCUACAUCAGCUGUUUUCUCCGUACUCCCGAGCUAUAGUCACUAGGUGGUGAAAUUUGUGGUUAAUAGCUAGAACACGAAAAACAGCAGAUUUUAAGAAAUUUUUAUCUUUACACGAAACUUCUAGCUUGUGCUUUUGAAACAUGGUCAGGCCACAGAGUUGGCUUUUGGGCAACUUUUAUAGCUGUCUGUUGGAUUUUUGAGUAAUCUUCWGUUGCUAAAAGAUGGUAAAGUUCCUCACAGGCUUUUGAAACAAUCAUGGCAGGUGUAUUACUGGAGAACAGGGUCAGCUUUCUUCUGCUUCUAUGGGCCAGGAUCUUGUUUGUGAGGGGGUUUUUGCCAUUUUUAAUAAUGAGGGUAUCAUUGUAUGAUUUGGAUCUGUUUCAGAAAUUAUGUCACUUUUUUGAGAGGUAAAUACGUAAGUGAAUGUUUUUAUGCACUAAUGCAAAGCUCAUUUAGAUUAGAAACAUCACUGAGAGCAAGAGCUGGAGUUGCAAGGARCAGUUCAGGGGAAAGACUGGUAUGGAGUUACAUGGUUGCAUCUGCAUAUGUAGUGGUGGAAAUGUAUGUGUUAGGCAAGUUGAAAUGACUAUUUGCAAAGAUAYGUUUCUAUGUGACCUUUUGUGGUUAAAUUGUGGAAUUUUGUUAAGGAAUCUAUCACUCAUGUGUUUAUGAGUGCUAAAAGAGGACAUAGGAAGUGAGGCUUUAGUAGUUUUUUAUGGGAAGAGCAACACAAAGAUAGGAUUCUCCCGAUCUCGGCUAGUUCUGUUUCCUUCAGUCUUCCCAGCUCUUACUUUUUCCUACAUGCUUUCCUCAACCUACUUGUUACUCUUUUUCUUUUCCUCCCUACAUAGCAUCAUAUCAAUGUUGCUGGGGUGUUCCCUGUAACUUUCCUCUGUAUUGUGAUAUAUUAAGGAAUUUUAAAAAAUUAUUUAUUUUUUAUCAUAUUUGUCAUAUAAAAAUUACAUAUUCUUUGUCAUAUGCUGAAUAAAAUAUCAUCAUCCCCUUUCAUUCACAUCAGAUGCUAAAGGCAGCUACCAUUGGGCUGUCAAGUGCUAGUGAGCAACAUUUGAAUUUGGCUGUCUAUGGAUAUGUGAAAUACUAGCCCUUUUGGACCUUGUACUUCCCUAAUCUCUUUACAGUCUAUUACCCUUAAGAGCAAAAUUAGUAAGAAGUUUACUGUUUACUUAGGAAGUACAUUAGGUUUUGUGCUGGCUUAUCUAACUUAAGUUUAAAUAUAAAUUGAAAUAUUUCUUUUUCACCACGUUACACCAGAUAUAUGCUCAAUUUGCUAACUGUGCAUUGUUCAAGGCAUUAGUUGUACGUAAGUGUUCUUUUCUAAAUAUACUGCAUCAUCAAGAGUGAACCUUGAAAGAAUCCAUAACUUUUCAGUGUCCCUAUGUGAAGGUAUUUCAGCUGUGCAGGAAUCCAAACAUCACACUGAGCACAUGGACUCAUCUUGUGAAGUGCAGCGUUACUUCACAAUUUGUAUCUCAUGUCUAUUAACCUUGUCGAGUCUCUUAUAAAAUGUUCUUUCCUUUGUGCUUUGCUCAAUUUCACUAUUGUGUUUGGAUUUCUUUUCAAAGUGAAUGUUAAUAUUCAGAGCCUGGCUAAAUAGAAGUUUAACUUUUAGUGAACUUUUUUCACUCGUUCUCUGUUAGUAGCUCCUCUUUCUUGACAGUAAUUUAAAGCAGUAAUUUAAAUCCCAUUUUACAGUAUGCUACRCUCCCCUUUUCUGUAGCAAUUGUAAUUGUAUCUUGAAAUUUUUGUGCAUUAAAUCCCUUUCCUUCUUUCUCAUAGAGUCGUUCUAAACUACCUCAGACUUUGUUGUGAACAGGUACGAGUUUCAGCUACAGUUUUUAGACUUUAUCGUAGCCUUUGAAUGUUCUUUAAGUGCAUGUGUAUGUAGCAAAAUCAGCCUGCCUUGCCCUGAUUGCAUUUUCAGGAAUACUGUCCCAAGCGAGAUAUGUAAUUGGGAUGAAUUCUCAGCCACACCUGUUCAGGCUCUCGCUGAUACCUCUUUCAAGAAAAGCUUUUCAGGAGCGCAACUCCUGCUAUGGGAAGCGCUUCAACUUUCUCUUUGAAGGGACAUGACGCUGCCUGCGCUGGACAACUCCCACCUCUCUAAACCAUGACAAGCGUCAUAAAACUGCAUCAUCAGGCUCCAUUCCUGGCUGCAGGAUCCGUGCUAUUGCAUUGGACUGUGCUCAUCAUAUGAGAAUAAACCCCACAUGGCGUGUUCUGAUGACCUUGGUGUCAUUUUAUUGUCAUUUGAUACUGCAGCAGAUACGCAKUACCAACCCUUUGGGCUAAUAAGCUUUCAGGUAAAAUGGGGCAGACUGUGCUGCAGUGAUCCGGUUGAUAACUUUGGGAAUUGUCUGGUUUUGUAAGUUAUCCAUUGAACAACCCGGCCAACCUUGUUAGCACUGAUUUCCUUUUCACCAGCAGACAUGCACAUCAUUGAACAAGCAUUUUGUAAUGUGGAAUUUUCUAUGAGCAUCUGGAAAAAGAAGCAUCCCAAUUAUUUCCUUAGUAGCAAUGCGUGUAUUUGUAAUGGAAGUUUUACAAUUAUUUAACUGCUGUAAGCUAUUUUGUGCAUGCUCUGGCAUUGUAUUAACAGCUGAGAAGCAGAGGGCUGUGGCAAACAAGGAAGGCUGGAUGUGGAUUUUAGAGUUUCAAWGAACAGCAGAGUGCCAGAGUAGAUGCAGGACCAGACAAUCCUCAAAGCAAAUCAUAAAGUGAAACUGUUGUGCUUUUUAUUUAUUUCUUUGGGGAUUCUUCUUCAAAGUAUUUAACUUCACAGGAAAAUAUAGAGUAUAUUUAAAAUAGUAACAAUUAGAAAGACACCUUUUCAAGAAUGAGAGAGGUGUGAUUUGAAAAAUAAAGUGAUCUUUUGUGCUUAA